AAAUUUUGGCGGAAACGAUACAUUUCCCGAUGGACGAAGUUUGUCGAUACGGCACAGGUAGCGCGAGUGAGCAAUAUUAAGGGCAUUGUUACAUCUUGGGAAUCGCCAGACGACAAUUCACUUUUUGUUUGCAACUGUAUUUCGUCUCAGCAACACUAUAGCCAACUCACACAGAAUCCAGCCAUUAACCUGUAGCUGUAUCGCUGUACCUCUAAUACGUAUCAUAUAGAAGUGAAGCCGUAAAAAAACGUAGUGUGCAAACAUACACAAUUAUCAAUCUACGAGUGUUAAUUUGCGCUUGAGUUUUAAAACAAAAAAAAUGUUAGAUAUCAAUGCGAUUAUAGUUCCUAAAGUCAGAAGGAAGAUGUCCUUCAUUGCUAUUUUAUUUGCCACGAUCAUGUACUUUAAGCAAGGCGAUGAAGCGGAUACUUCAUCGGGCAUCAUUGACCUGCCCGGAGAUUCACUACUAAGCAAUUACGAUUUUAUUAUUGUCGGCGGAGGAUCAGCAGGUGCGGUGCUCGCAAAUAGGCUAACAGAAAUCGAACAUUGGAGUGUUCUAGUGAUAGAAGCUGGUGGGCAUGAAAAUGAAUUAUCGGGCGUGCCUUUGUUGGCAACCCACCAGCAACUAUCCGAUACUGAUUGGCAAUAUAUAACUGAAUCUCAAAAUACAGCGUGUUUGGCUAUGAAUGAAAAACGGUGCAGGUGGUCUCGCGGCAAAGUUUUAGGAGGGUCCAGCGUAUUAAACAAUAUGUUGUAUGUGCGUGGAAACCCAAUGGACUUUAAAAGCUGGUGGGAACAAGGUAAUUCAGGUUGGGGGUACAAUGACGUGCUCCAAUAUUUUAAAAAAUCGGAGGACAACAAAAACUCGUCCUUAGUGCGUACUCCGUACCAUUCGGCUGGCGGCUAUCUCACGGUGUCGGAAGCUCCAGCCAAUACCCCAUUAGCCGAAGCGUUCAUGGCGGCCGGGAGAGAAAUGGGCUACGAUGUACACGAUAUUAAUGGCCAACGUCAAACGGGUUUUAUGGUACCACAAGGAACCAUCAGAAAUGGUUCGAGAUGCAGUACGGCGAAGGCAUUCUUGAGACCAGCCAGGUUACGAAGAAACCUGCACGUGACACUGAACACGCUUGUCACACGAGUUGUCAUAGAUCCUGCAACGAAAAUCGCGACCGGUGUCGAACUGAUAAAAAAUAACAUUAGGUACUACGUUCGGGCGGAAAAAGAAGUGUUGCUGUCAGCGGGUCCUAUCAAUUCGCCACAGUUGCUUAUGCUCUCUGGCAUUGGUCCUGAAAGUCAUCUGGCAGAAAUGGGUAUACCCAUUAUUUCCAAUUUAGACGUAGGAAAAAAUCUUCAAGACCACAUAGGACUUGGUGGAUUGACGUUUUUGACCAACCAACAGGUUUCACUAACGCAUAAAAGAGUGCAAAACCUCGAUACGGUAUUCAGCUAUGCGCAGAUGCGCCAAGGACUACUAACGAUCAUGGCCGGCGUUGAAGGAAUGGCGUUCAUUAAUUCACACGGCAAUAUAUCAGUUGAGCAACCAGACAUCGGGUUGAACUUAGUGUCUGGUUCCACCAUCACUGGUCUUUGUGGAAACAACACUUGGAAAGCUCACGGGCUAAAAGAUUGUUUUUAUGAUUCGAUGUAUAAAUCGAUUCUUCACAAAGACGUUUGGUCCGCUUUACCUAUAUUGUUGAAGCCCAAGAGCCGCGGCGAAAUACUGUUGCGGAGCGCCAACCCGUUCGACUCUCCCAAGAUUUUUCCCAACUACCUGACUGCCCGAGAGGACGUGAACACGCUGGUGAGGGGUGUCAAUUUUGUGCUGGAAAUGGCCCAGACUGCGUCUCUCCGCAAGUUCGAUAGCAGUCUGCACGACGUACCGUUCCCCGGUUGUCAGACGCUGCCAUGGCACUCGGACGCCUACUGGGAGUGCAUGGUUCGGCACUACACCGUGUCCACGAACAAUCCGGCGGGUACCGCCAAGAUGGGUCCCGCGGGUGACAAGACCGCCGUGGUGGACCCACAACUCCAAGUGUACGGCGUCAAUGGGCUCCGGGUGGUGGACGCGUCCAUCAUGCCUACGCUGGUUUCCACCAACACCAACGCUCCGGUCAUAAUGAUAGCUGAGAAGGCUGCGGAUUUGAUAAAGAGUUCAUGGUCUAGUAUCCCGUCUCGUUUCUUUGGCUGUAUGGCAGCAGGAAAAGCGAAAAUAAUACACGAAAAAUUGAUUUUUUAAUAUUUUUUUUUGUUUUGAAUGCAUAAUAAUAUUAUUUUAACAAUGUGAAUAAAAACUAAAAUUGCACUUAAAUCGUUUUAA